GUAGUUGGGUAAAUCCUUUCUACCCCUCCUUUUUCCCCCAACAAGCAAUUUCUUGAAACAUUGCCAUUUUUUUUUAAGAAGGCAGGAUUUAGAAUUUGCAGGCGUGUGGAAAGCAAAUCUGCCUACAUUCCCCCUGCACAAGAAGUUUACUUACAAACCUGGGAACAGGUUAAUUCAUUAUUCAGAGGAGACUAGAUAGAAGAUGACUGAUUGCUGACAGACCAUGGAAGCUCAGCCAACGCCACUGAAAGAAAGACAGCUUGUGAUGGGGCUCCGGUUGGUGUAAAGUCUCCCUUGGUGUCAUCCGGAAAAUGGCCAAGGGGAAGGCAAAAGGUCCCAAAGGAAAAAAGAUCACCUUGAAGGUUGCCAAAAACUCCAUCAAGAUCACAUUUGACGGAAGACGCCGCCUUGACUUGAGCAAGAUGGGCAUCACAACCUUCCCCAAGUGCAUCCUCAAGCUGGCUGAUGUGGACGAGCUGGACCUGAGCAGGAACAUGCUCAAGAAAGUCCCUGACAGCAUCGAGAAGUUUCAGAACCUGCGCUGGCUGGACUUGCACAGCAAUCAGAUCGAGAAGCUGCCGGAGACAAUAGGCAUGCUCCAGAACCUCAGCUACCUGAACAUCUGCAAUAACAAGCUGACCUCCAAGAACUUGCCAGUAGAACUGAGCCAGUUAAAGAACCUCCGCUCCCUCAACCUUGGCCUGAAUCAGAUUGACAACAUCCCCACCACACUAGGGGCCCUGAAGGAGCUACACGAAGUGGGCCUCUUUGACAAUUACUUGACAGCCAUCCCAAACAGUGUGGCAAAGCUCCCAAAACUUAAGAAGCUGAAUGUGAAAAGAAACCCCUUUCCCACGCCAUCAGAUGAAGAAUUGUUUGUCGACACCAUCAAGCGCAUUGAAUCACUUUACUUAGUGGAAGAGAAAGACUUGUGCCAUCCCUGCUUGAAGAAGUGUCAGGAUGAGAGGGACAAGCUGAAUAAGCUGAAGAGCAGAGUGCCUAGCUCCCUACGAAAGCCAAACUUUUCUUCCCUCAUGACACCCAACUCUACAGCAAAGGAAAACCAAGCAGAGUGGAGAUGAAGAGGCAGCAUCCCACAGGCCUCACUAAACCUGUGAUGUCACACACAGUCUGGCCAGCCCAAAGCAAUAAACGGGUCUGCUC